AUGUGGCCGGCAUCUAAGCUCGAGCCGUUCAAUGAUUCGUGCUCCCUUCUUCUUCUCGUCGUGGAGUUGGUCUGUCUGCAAGGACUUGGGAUACGCAGUGCCCCUGAACGAAAACCGAAGGAAAUUCCUACGACAAUGGUCAGACACACUACGAGGCUGGAAUUUCCUUGCAUCCUCGGAGAUGCGUCCCUGAGCUGGGAUGGCCUCUGUCGAAGUCACUUCUCCAACUUGAUGAACUCCAACGCUGAUCACUACGGAGCCUUCGACCAGUCUCUCUGCGUCGACCCUCUGCAUUCUGUAUCACUUCCCCGCAUCUUCUUAGGUCCACCCGACCACGACAUGAAGUCCCGCUUGGCCGGCGGGCCUUCGUUCCCGAACUCCGGCGCAGUUGCCAGCUCGCACAGGCAUACGAAGGACGGAUGUGGUUCGUAA